UGUUUACUAAAUACAUUAAAAAUAAAUAGAAACUUUCAGUUGCCCGCUACGCUCGAGCUUAAGCGCGGGAAUCUUUUGUUUUUAUUUUCAUCCAUCUUCUUUUUUAAACCGUUCAGUGCCUGCAUUGAUGGUCCUCACCAAAAUGUUAUUGUUAAAAUGAUGUGCAACAUGUCUGACUCUGAACACUAGCUAAAGUUGUUUUCGUGCGUUUUACAGUGGUUUGUGUACAAAGUGGACUCGCCCGUUAGUUGAGUUUUGACAAGUGUUUUGUGUAUAAACAAGCCAGGGACCAAAAUAAAAACCAAACUUUUUCUUUUAUUUUUAAUUAUAAUUGUAAUGUGCUCAAACUGUUUGCUUUCUAAAACAUCGGUAAAACGCGGUUUGGUAUCAUCGUUUAGUUUGGUUCACUCGAAGAGAAAAGGAAUAUUCAUACAUCCGACGACAAUGUUUAAAAACUUUUAUAGUGCCAGUGUCCCGAAUCCCCUAAGAAUAUAAAUCAAAAUAAGUACAAAACCUAAUUUAUAAAUUAAAAACGUGAUAUUUACAUUAAAUAAACAAUGAAGCUUCUGGAAAGCACCAGAUUCGAAGCAAUAAACAAUGCUCUAUCAAUCAAAACAGGCGACAGCAAAAUAAUCGGUCGCAUCGAGAGCUACUCGUGUAAAAUGGCAGGCACCGACAAGGCUCUGUACAAACGCUUCAACGCCGAGGGCAUCCAUCCCAGUGAUCUGCAGGCUCUUUCGCCCCCACAGGGCGUCUCACCUGGACAUUCGUCGUAUGCCAGGAGCAUUUCUGGGGACGAGGAGGGCCCACUCUGCGACACAAUCAGUCGCAAAACUUUAUUCUAUUUGAUUGCCACCUUGAAUUCAGCCUUUCCCGACUAUGAUUUCAUGGAUGUUAAGAGUGCAGAGUUCAGCAAGGAGCCGUCCCGUCAGUGGGUGUCGAACGCCAUCGACUCGAAUCUGGGCGCAACCGUCGGCGAGCAGUACCGUUUGAUGGGUCCGUCCAUGUGGGCCGCCAUCGACGACGAGAUCUCGCUGGAGAACUGCGACAUUUAUUCGUACAACCCGGACUUGGUCAGCGAUCCGUUCGGCGAGGACGGGUGUCUCUGGAGCUUCAACUACUUCUUCUACAACAAGAAGCUGAAGCGCAUCGUUUUCUUCACCUGUCGCGCCGUCAGUCCCAGUUACAUCGUGGAUUCAGGCUACGGCAACGACUUCAUAAUGGACGACGAAGACAUGUACUAAUUUCAACGUCAAAACUGAUUCAAUAAUAAUAAAAAUCUUUUGGUGAGAGCAAAAGUACAAACUACGUUUUAGGUAUAGUUUUUAGGUGUUCUUUUUUAGUCUUACACACAUAGUUUUUUCUCAAAAUAUGUUGAUCACACAUUAUAUAUUAACGUGAUACCAAUAUGGAUUGUUUUUAGUGUUUAAUUUUAUUCCCGACUUUGGUGUCAGAUUUUAGAACGAAAUCGCGUUACUUUUAAAUGUAUCAAGCACGUCGUUUAUAUAUUUACACGUACACAUGUACUUAUUGAUGUAACACAACAUUUUUUUGAUGUUUUACGAUUAUCCAGGUUGUUAAAUUUGUUAACAAGUAUUAAUUCAGUUCAAAUUUAACAACGCUGAAUAGUGAUAUUAAAAAUAUUUCUUAAAGAAAUGAAAGUGUUUAAAAUAUACAAUUUUUGACCAAUGAUCAAACAACAAAAAUUGUAUGUUUUGACCAAUUUUUUAGAUUGUAUUUGUAAUCUUAUAUUUCGAUUCUAAUACAAUAUAGAAGAACCUUUUAAUUGUUACACCUUUUAAGACCUUUAUUAUUUUUUAUCAGUGGUCUUUGAAGGUAUAUUUUAGAACUAAGAGAUUGAUUUUCUUCGUUCCUUGUACAGUUUAGUAUCGUCGGAGUUACGAUGCUUGAGUUAAAAAAUAAAAAGAAUUGUCAGACUUUAUUCUAAAAUUUGGACGACAUAUGAGUAUUAGAAUUCUUUUAGUUAUACUGAGUAAAGACUAAUUGGGUUUAAGGUUAGUUGUUCGAUCUCACAAAAUUUAUAUUUAAUUCUUGCUUUAUGUACAUAUUUUUUUUCUUUUAUUUCGUUUUAUAGUAUUAGCAGCAAUAUAUCAGACUGUACAAAUUUUAUAACAUUUCACUCAACAACUAAUACAACACAUAGUUUAGGUUAAAGAUCUGAUAAUAAAUAUGUUUAAUUCA